AUGUUCCGCCUUGCCGCGUUCGCCCCCUCGCUGGGCCGGCUCGCGCCUCGGGUCACAUCCACGGUCUGGCUGGCGGGCAUGUCUGGCGCGGCAUCGGCAGGGGCAGGAGCUAGCGGAGGCGAGAGCAGCUUGUCGGCAGCGACGGUAGCUGCGGCUGCGCUGCGGACGUUGCCAACGCCGGCGGCAAGCCCGAAAGCCUCGCCACACGGGCGUGCUAUCCAGGAGCGCAAGCAGUUCCUCUGGCAGUCGACGGCCGAGGCCUUUGACUCGGCCGGCGUCGCCCUGCUGGUCCAGGUCAACUCGCUCAAGCGGAGCCAGCUGGAGGCCAUCCGCGCAGCUGCGCAUCCGGACGCCAAGCUGCUGCUGCUGAAGAACUCGGUUGCUCGCUCGGUGCUCCAGUCGUCGGACAAGGCGGCCGGAGUCGGCGAGGCCGGCCCUGGCUCGGCCCUCGCCUCGCUGCUACUCGGCCCGACCGCACUGCUGUAUGCCUCCGAUCUGAGCCCUGGUUUCAAGGACGCGCUCAAGGUUGUCGCCAAGAUGGCGCCGGGUGCCCUUGUUGUCGGCGGCUUUGUCGAUGGUGCCGUCCUCGAUGCCAAGGCUGCUGCCGAUCUCGACUCGAUGCCCUCGGUCCUCGAGCUCCAGGCCCAGGUUCUCGGCCUCCUCAAGUCGCUUGUGGCCAAGCCCGUCAUGCUCCUCAAGCACCACCCAACCCGGCUCGCCACCACUCUCUCGCAGCACGCCGACGCCGAUGAUGGCGACGGCCUGGCGGCAGCGGCGCUGGCGGCGUAUGCAGAGACGUAUCAACAAAACUCGGGCAAGGUCCACACUCUCGGCCAUGUCGAAACGGUCGGCCUUGUCUCGUCCAAGGCCCGCUGGCGGGCGGGAUACUUGGUGGCCACCGCCGGCGCGGUGCUGGCAUUCCGGUCGCCUGGUGAGUUUCCGGCGGUGGCGGGCAUUGUCUCGCCGGGCGGCGUGCUUGUAGCAGUCGAUGAGGCUGCACCAGGCGCGGGAGCUGCCCUAGCCAAACGCUGCCGGAAGCGAGUUGAUCUCGCCGACGUGACCGCAAUCUGGUACCACACGACCGGCAAACACGUCGACGUUGCUGCCGGGCUUCGCGGCGAGCCUGCCCGCGACCCGCUGGGGGCCUCGUUCCAGCGCGGAGGCGCAGACCUACUGCUGGCGCUCAUCGAGAUAGUGGCAAACGGCAAGUCGGUCUACCUGCGGACGAGUGACCCGCCCAACACCCAUGCCAUGUAUCGUUCGCUGUGGGAGGCGUGGCGGCGGCACCCGGCGACACUUCUCCGCGACUCUGUUGAGGUCCCGCCGUCAGUCGCCGGCCUCAUGACCGCCGACGACGACGAUCCGGUGGCUCUGGUCGCGUGGACACGCGCCACGACUCUAGCACUCGACGUUGGCGAAGAGUUCGACAAUGCCGGUCAAAUUGCGUCGGGCGCCGCGCGCUUGACGCGAGUCGACGGUGGCAGCGAGCUGGCGACCGCCGGGCCCAGCGACGAUGAGCCGGCGUCGCCAAGCUUGGCGCAAUCGCCGGAAAGCACGCCCGGAAGCACACCUGUCGGCGACGGUGCUAGCUUUCCGGCCUUUGCCGUUUUUGACAACCACAUGGAAGAGGCUGCCGAGAUGGAGGAACCGUCGUCGUCACUCGAGCCGUCGUUCGAGAUGACUGCGCCACCGGCUGUCGCGACGGGCAGAGCCAGUCUUGCGCCGGCGUCUGCUACCGCUGUCCCGGCACCCGGCUCACUGCCGGCCUUUGCGCCGCCGCUGACGCAGGUGGCGAUUUCCCGGACCGACGUGGCGGUGGCCAGCGUCGAUCCCGAGAGUAUGGUCACCUGGGUCGACGAUGACGCCAUGCUUGGGAUGGCCAAAUACGUGCGGCGGUACGGCGAGAGCCCGCGGUAUGCGGUGUACUUUGCGCUGCUUGCGCGUAACAUUGCGCGCCGCGCGAGCGGCGGUCACCUUGCGCUCCUCUGUGCGCUGCAGUCGCUCCUUGACAACACGCUUUCCUCGCUGGGCACGCUAUACUGUGCCGCUGGUGUGACAGCGCUGCAUCUUGCCGCGUUUUGUGGCGAAGUUCACUUGAUGUAUCGGCUCCUGCAGUCGCGGCGGGUCAACAUCCUUGCGCGCGACGCGUCGGGCUUUACCCCGCUGCGGAUCGCGGCGUUCUUUGGCCACACCCCGGUCGUCCGCCUCUUGUUGCGCUCGUACGCGUUGCUCGACAUUACGCCCGGAGCGUGGAUCCGCAACGUUGAGCUUGCCCACGGGGUAGCAGUUGUGGAUCGUCUCGCCAUCAAGACCGCCUUUACCCUCUUCCUUCGCGGCAUGAUCAACUCGAUCCCGACCGGCCUCUCGGUAACGGAGCUGGACGCAGGCUCGCCGGCAUCGCGAGUCUACGACUCUGCCGCCCGCGUCCUUGGCCCACUCCUCCACGCCGACCGUGUGGCCAGCCUCGAGGCUCGGCUGGAGGCUGCGCAGGCUGACGCCGCGCAGUGGAAGCACGCGGCCGAGUUUGUCAACCAAUCGCUGUUUCUGAAGCUUCUGACGGCGGUGGAGCGGACGCAUGGAACCGGGAUUGUCCAGUUGACCCCGGAGCGGGUGCUGGUCUCGGCCAAGCCGGAGAGUGCGGCAGGCAGCGAGGGCAUUGCCGUGUGGUCGGGCGUGCAGACAAACGCGGUGUUUGGCGAGACCUUCCGCCUCGAGUCGCUCUCCAACAACACCAUCGGCAUGCACCUGUCGCUGACGGACCUUGUACGUGCGCUCAAGACAGGCAUGACCGCAAGCUCGCUUGUCAUCAAGCUGACCAAGCGCGGCGGCGAGCCGCAUCUCUCGCUCGUGUGCCGCGGCAUGGUGGUCGGCGCCGGCAACAUGCUCAACGUCACCCAGGACGUGCCUGUCGAGAUCCUGCCGCUUGCCCGCCUCGCCGACCAUGCCGAGCCGCAGCUGGCGGAGGCUGAUGUUGCGCUCAUGCUACCGAGCCUUGCCCACAUCAAAAACGUGCUCGACCGCAUGCGCCAUCUCUCGACCGACGUCGUCAUCCGCACAGACAUGGUCACCGUCUCGACUGACUACUCCUCGCUCGAGCUCCCCCUUCCAGCUGAUGCGGUUGAGGGCAGCUCGCAGGAUCCCGCCGACCUCCCGCACGAUACCUCUGUCGCCCUCAAGCUCAACAUCGGCCACCUUGCCCGCUUCCUGCACUGCAUGCAGAUUGCCCCCGACCACGCCAUCAUCUGUCUCCUCCGCUCUUCAGCCGCCGUCAUCCACGCCAUCCGCGACGAUGUCUACAUGACCUACAUCCUCUCCGGCUCGGAUCCAGCAUACAUUGCCCGCAAACGGAAGCGCGAGGCUGACACCGAGGCCGAACGCAAGCGGGCAGAGACCGCGCGGCUGCUCGAGUACGUGGCGGCAGUGACGGGCUCGACUGCGGCAGAGCUGACCCACUCGAUGUCGAUGACCUCUGUCCGCGAUGCUGCCCAUCGGAGGAUGAACACGUCGACCUUCUCGCUCUCGGAGCUGCCUGUGGCGUCAGCGGUGCAGGCCAAAAACACCCGCCUCGACACGGUGCGCGAGAAAGACAAGGCGGUGCGGGCAAAGCUGCGGGUCAUCCUCGCCGAGAACCAAGCGCUGCGUGCAGAGCUCAAGGAGCUCCGUGCUGAACAGACAGGCAAGGACGAUGAGGUGUGGCGCAUUGUGGCGCCGACUCGGAUGUCCACUGCUGGCGCCUCGGCGCUCGCUGCCCAGUCGGCCGCCAAGACAAACUCGCGGCCCAUCAACCGCCUCUCGCCGCGCGCAAAGGUCAUUGCCCACCAGACCUCGCUCUCCAAGCGCCGGCUCACCUCGGUACGUGCCAAAAACAAGGAACUGCACCUGACUUCGGCUGCCAUCGAGCGCUCGCUGACAAAGCUGGCUAAGGAGCGCGACUCGCUCAACGCCACCCUCCACGAGCUUGCCCUUGCAAAGCGCCAGCUCGCCCGUGGCCUCUCGCAGAAAAAGGCCCGCAACGCCCGCACCGCCGCAGAGCUGGCAAAGGUCGAGGCUCGCUGCCUCAAGCGCUCGCAGGAGAUCACAAAGUCGUUUGACGACCAGUACACCCGCGAAGCUGACGCCCUCCGCGCCGCAACACGCAACGCCAUCGCAAAGGCCCGCGACGCACACCAGGGCAAGCAUCUAGCAAAUCUGCGCAAGGAGGAAGCCCUGCUCAACGCCCGCCUCGAAAAGACCCUCCAAGAGUCGGUCGCUGUCAACCAAGAGGUCGCCACUCUUCGCCUCGAGCUCAACCGCAUCCGUUCCUGGACAGAGAUUCGCGACCACACCCUCACCACUCUCGACACUUCGCUCGCCGUCACGUCGCCCACCUCGGGCUCGGGCAUCGAGCUCGAGCUGUAACUCACCAUCUCCUCGCCGCCGCAAACGGCGAUCAUCGAUCAGCGGUCAAACCACCGCCGCCAAUCGCGUCACUGCGACUAUAGCUUGCAUUUACACAGCAUACGACUCUUGGUUCGCCAUCAAAGCCUCCCAGAACUCUGGACUCUCAUCGCCCUGCUCGACCUCGACGACUCGAGCCGGCGCGCCCUCGUAGUGUUGCAGCUGCGCCACAACAUGGUGCGCCUUGCGGACGUACCGGUCCGGUACGCGCAGUCCGAGCCAGAGGAACACCACGCCGGCCUCGGGUGCCACAAGGACAAAGCAGUUGCGCGGCCCCAUCGACGACCGCAUCAGCUCGUGCUUCACCACCUUGCCCACAAUCACACUCCGGUCGUUCGGUUGUGUGGCAUGAUCGAGUACAGUCGGUUGCGCUCGUGCGCCGCAAGCUGCACCCCACCGCGCUCGCCGCCCAUCAGCAUGUGGUUCGCCCACUCGCGCAGCUGCGCCUCGAACCCGGGAUUCGGCGAGCACACUGCCCGCAGAUAACGCACAUACCGAUAUGCGUCGUCGUACGACAGUGCGUCGCGCCACAUCAGGUACGCCAGCACCAGCGAUGCCGAUCGCGACGAGCCCUGCAUGCAGUGCACAAACACUCGCCC